CCUUUUGUGUGUCCCCUUGCCCAAGAAAUUACAUUAUUAUAAAAAGUUCCCCCGCCCGUCUCAACUUAUUCAAUCUCCCCUUCUUUCCUUCUUUGACGUCUCAGAUUCCCAAAUUUUAGGGUUCGUCCUCAAUUUUCAAUCAAUUUUAAUUAAUCAUGACUGCGAAAUCAGAUGAAGAACUAACCAAUCAAUUACAUCAACUCCGAACCCAAUUAAACAAAAAGCAGACGUUUGAAUCAGCCGUCUCUUCAAUCAAAUCCCUCCUCCUCGAAUCCUACUCCGCCGCCUCGCUGCCCACCCAAAAGGUAUUCUAUGACGUCAUCAGCCGUGUCGCCACCGUCCUCCGCACCCGUUACACCUUUCCAGCUUACCUACUCGCCGGCGCCGAAGUACUCGAAAUCGCCGACCGCCUCGCCGUCAACGCUGCCGAGAAAACCCACCUGAAAUCCUGCAUCGCCAACAUCCGCCAAACCCUAAAUGAACAAGUUGGUGAUAGUAAUGGAGGAGAAGAGAGAAUUUUGCCAAGCUCGCAACGUAGCGGUGGGUACCUGUUUGAAGGUCAUCUAACGGUUGAUCGAGAACCUCCUCAACCCAAUUGGCUUAUCCAGCAAAAUCUACUAACCGCCCUCGCUUCGCAAUCGCGAAAUGACAGUACGAACAACGACGGUAGUGAUGAAGUUGUGGGGGGUUUGAUGAGGGGGUUAGUGGAGAGUUUGGAUAUGUCAAUGCUAGAAAAUCUAGACGAUCUUCUCCCUCUAAUGGAAGGUGCGGGAGGGAACAGUCGUGCUGCACCGCCUGCGAGUAAGGCAGUUGUGGAGAAAUUACCAGUGAUUAAACUCGAAAGCGAGGCGAUCGCAAAAGAAAAGCUUGGAGAAGAGGGUGCAGAGUGUUGUAUAUGUAAAGAAAAAUUAGGAGUUGGAGAUGAGAUGCAAGAAAUGCCGUGUAAACAUUUGUUUCAUCCACCGUGUUUGAAGCCGUGGUUGGAUGAGCAUAAUUCGUGCCCGAUUUGCAGGCACGAGUUGCCAACUGAUGAUCAUAAAUAUGAGAGUUGGAAGGAGAGAGAAAAGGAGCUCGAGGAGGAGAGACGUGGUGCUGCUAAUGCUGUUCGUGGUGGCGAGUUUAUGUAUAUUUAGACCUUAUUCAUUUAUGAAUUAUCAUUGUUGUUACAUUCUAUCAAUUCAUUCUGUUUUUUACUUUAUAUAAUCUUACUCUAUUUUAAA